CCCUGGAAAAGCCGGAUACUCCAUCUUCCCCUGAGUUCCUUAAGAGUACUUUUUUUACUCUGACAGAAUUGUCUUUCUGGGAUGUGAAAAUUCGUAGAAUUCCGCAGAAAGCAUCCCAUUUCUGCAGUGCCUAUUGAGUAGUGGAUGUUUCACAGAAGCCAUAUUAACUGAAAAACUGACAUCAAGCUGUAUAUGAUACUUUGGCAGAUAACCCAAAAUCUUACUUGGAGUAAUGGAGGAGUGCAAGUUGAAAGCUGCUACUCCAGCAAAGAAAUUAGUCCAAGCACGAUUACCUUUCAAACGUCUCAAUCCCGUACCAAAGCCAGAAAAUGAAGAGAUUGAUGAUGCCAAGCGGACAAAAAUAUCUCCCAAUUCACCUGUGCAACUAAGUUCAGAAAAACUGAUUGCCUCUGUAGAGGAUGUUGAGAAUGACUGCAAAAUAAACUUGGAUGGCCAAACUGUAAACUCGCCAACUUUGGAUGGGGAUGUGCUUCCCUCCAAACUUGUUAAUGGGAAGGGACCCCUUGAUGGUUUCUUGAAUUUCAUUCAGAAGAGUAAACCUACACCCAAGAUGUAUAGCAGCGAACUCCAUUCCACAAUUGACUUGACAUGCGAUUCUAGCAAUGAAGUGUUGGACAGUGCAGAUACCACAAGUAUAAAAGUAGUGGCUUCUAAAUGUCUAUGUAAAAAAACAAACAUUGAUCGUGAAAAAAAAUGUAACUGCAUGAAACCCAGUUUAACAAAAGGAGUAAAUUCUUCUGAAUCUACGAAUUCUGAAAAAUCAACACCUGGGGAGGCUAACAGUGAAGUGAAGGCCAUUGAAGGGCAAAAAAUUGACACUGACAGCUUACUUGGAAGACGAGUUCCAGUGGUAGUAUUACAAGAUAUAAUGGCUAAUAAUUCACGUUGGGCUGGGAACCUGGCAAAGGGGGUCGUUCAAGCUGAAGGAACACAGUCUUUUGCUAAUGAAAGUAACAACUCGCCUAUCAGCUCCUUAUCAACUUCGUAUUCAUCUGUUGAGGAUUCACCGGAAUUAAGAACUCCCAAGGAUAAGAGGAGUCCAGUAUCUACAUUAACACCUUCAGGCUGCAAGAUCUCUCAGACUCCCAAGGUGCAAGGCAAGAGAGCUCUGCAGCAGCAGCAGCGUGAAGAGAAACGACAAAAGCUUAAAUUACAAAAAGAAGAGCGGGAACGUGCAAGAGAGGAGGCCAGACUUGCCAAAGAACGUGCAAAAGAAGAAGCAAAGAGAAAAAAGGAUGAGGAAAAAGAACAGAAGGACAAGGAGAGGAAAGAGAAAAAAGAAAAAGAAGAAAAGGAGAAAGCAGAGAGAUUAAGAUUAAAAGAGGAAAAACGGAAAGAAAAACAAGAUGCAUUAGAGGCCAAAUUGGAAGAGAAGAAAAAGAAGGAAGAGGAAAAACGGUUAAAAGAGGAAGAAAAGCGUUUGAAGGCAGAAAAAGUAAAAGAAAUUUCAGAAAUAACAAGAUUCUUCCGGAAACCAAAGGCUCCCCAGGCCCCUAAGACUCUUGCUGGAUCCUGUGGAAAGUUUGCUCCUUUUGAAAUCAAAGAACACAUGGUCCUUGCUCCAACGAGUCGGAUAUACUUGGAUCAAGAAGUACUUGAGCAAUUAGAUGAAUUGCUGGAACAUCAGAGUUUCAGUUCCAAUUACUUCAAAGAAAUGCACAAGAAGAAGCCUCGAACAUCUGGCCCUACAAGUCCAAGAAUAAGCAUCACUGAAGGUAGUUCGUGCAGCAGUGAUGUGAUAGUGAUAGACACUAAUUCAAGUAGUGGAACCAUUGAUAAGAGGAAAUUUUGCAGAAUGAAGUUGCUACAAUUUCAUGAAAAUCAUCGCCCUGCCUAUUGGGGAACCUGGCAGAAGAAGAGUGCAAAGGUGAAAUCUCGGAAUCCAUUUGCUAAGGAUGAGCAGUUAUUGGAUUAUGAAGUGGACAGUGAUGAUGAAUGGGAGGAAGAAGAACCCGGCGAAUCUCUGUCCCACAGUGAAGGGGAUGAUGAUGAUGAGGGAGAUGAUGAAGAUGACGAUGAUGGAUUUUUUGUUCCCCAUGGCUAUCUGUCUGAAGGAGAAGGUGCAACUGAUGAGGAGGGGGAAAAUCCUGAAAAGCAGAAAAUCCGUCAGCGGAUGAAAGCAAAGGAAUGGGACGAGUUGAUGAAAGGAAAGAAAUUUCAAGUGUUGCAGCCCACCCUACUUGGAUGUUUUUGGGAGAUUGACGGUGAUGUGUUAAAUGACUCCUCCAUGAAGACACUUCAACAGUUUUCAAUUCACAUGAUCGAAGAUGAGCAGACGCAGGAAACGCACAAUGGGACAUUAAAAGAAGAACAAAUAUUAAUAAGCCUGCUUCCACUACUUCAUGGAAAUGUGAAUGGCAAAAAAGUUAUUAUCAAGGAAUUUCAGGAGUGGUACAAACAUAAACCUUCUACAGAUGUGCCGGCACUUCCUCCUUCUGAUUCAAGUCCACCAAGCUCUGAUGCCUCGAGACCUGAGACGCCCACAGUGGAUGAGGACGUGUCCAUCCCAUCCAAGGCAAAAUUGAAGCGACUUAUUACAGAAAAUGGAGUGUAUGAGAAAAGAGUGGCAUUCAGAUUAAAAUGUUGGUAUGUACAUGAUGAGGUUCUGAGAAAAUUUAGGAUGGAGAACCUUCCUGUUCCAGGACAAUGGAAUUACCUCACACAAGUCCAGCCUACAGUCAAGGAGGAGUGUACUGUUACAGCGGGAGGUGGACAGAAUACUCCCAAUUUGGUGAAGAAUACAGCACAAUGCAUACCCAGUUCAGGAAAGCGGAAGCCAGCUGGAAGUAUGUCCAUAAAAAAGUUCAUGCAGAAGUGUGUAGACACUGAAGCAGAUCAGGCUGAAGCCAUGGAUACUGAUGGUUUUCAGGCAGAUACAGAAGAGGAUGAUGAUGCAGAUUGUGUAAUUGUUGAUGUGCAGAUGAACAAACCUAAUCCAAACGAUAAAGAGUGUAACAAAGAGUCUGAAGAUUUAUGCUCUGAUUUCAUCAAGCAUAAGGUGAAGCCUGUGGAAUUACGUUCUGAAUUGGCAACUGACAUCCUGCCUCUAGAGCAGAGUUCGGAACUGGCUACUGAUGAGAUGAUGGACACUGAACCAUGUGAAAAUGCUGCUGUCAGCUUGCCCAACCUUACCUGAAAUGAGAUUUUAUAAAUAUAUAUAUACUAAUAGCUUUAUGUGCGUAGGGUGCUUUUUUUGUUUAGAAACUUCUAAAAUCAACUUCUGUAUCAUUUCAUAAACUUAAAAUACUUGAAGUUCUGGUUUAAAAAAACAAAUAAAAUGGCACUUUUGCAACAAAAAAUUGUAAUUUGAUAAUUUAAGAAAUUGACAUGAAUAUAGUUAAAAUUACUGGCAUUAAUAAACACCCAGUUAUGUACAAUAUGAAAUCUUGACAUUUCUGACACUUGCAACAUUUGAUUUUUUAAAAUAUUUAUGGAUGCUCUAAAGUAUUAAAUGGAUAUUUUUUAUUUGACAUUUAUUGAAAUACAACUCCAUUUUUCACGGUGCCUUUAAAAUGAUGGCACAGUGCAUUUAAUAAGAAAUCUUGUUUGUAAUUGUUUAUUUUUGAAACCCCUUUUUGUACUUAAUAUUGUCAUUCAUGAAUGUAAUAUUCCUCUGCCCAUCAACUCCUUGCAGCAGUCGCUCUACCAUGAGCUCUGUAAAAUCAUUUAAUAAAUCUGCAUGUGGUUUAGUAGUAAGGUAGUCACAGUGCAGAAUUCCUUUGGAUCCUUAGCAAAUACAUGACUGGCUUGAGCCCCAACACUUUCAUAGAAGGUUACCUCAAAUACUUGUGAAAGGCAAUGGUAGUUGAUGGGUCCCAAGCAAUACCAAUUUUAAUUGGG